UGUUAAAUGUUCAGACGGAAUUGUGCAGUAAUAGUUCGAAGAUAUCCUUAGUGCGAUAUGCUAUUACAUCUGAAGUGUAAAACCGGUUUGACUACUUUAAGACCAUUCUAUGGCAUUUUUUUUUCUAAAUAUAUCAGUUAUCUGCCUGCAUCUAACUAAGUCCAAACUGGUAAAUGAUUCUGCGCGUAAUAUGUACAACAAUUUUAAAAUUUUCAAAUUUCAAGAUGUCAAACGGAUUACUAGCAGGACAAAGAGUUCUUUAGUUGCUUGCGUACAGUCUGAAUUAGUAGCUGUAGUCAAAGCUGGUACAUGGAAAAAUGAGCGCAUAAUUGCUUCGCCUCAACGAAAGGAAAUCACACUAUCAAAUGGAAAGAAAGCGCUCAAUUUUUGUGCCAAUAAUUAUCUUGGUCUAGCGGAUAACAAGGAUGUUAUCAACGCAGCAAAGAUUGCACUGGAUAAAUAUGGUGCUGGUUUGAGUUCCGUAAGAUUUAUAUGCGGGACACAGGAGAUACAUAUUGAAUUAGAGAGGAAAAUUGCCAAGUUUCAUGGCAGGGAGGAUACGAUACUUUAUGCGUCUUGCUUUGAUGCAAAUGCUGGUAUUUUUGAAACUUUAUUAACUACCGAUGACGCGGUAAUAAGUGAUGAGCUAAAUCAUGCGUCUAUUAUUGAUGGGAUACGAUUGUGCAAAGCGAAAAGAUAUAGAUAUAAACACAGAGAUAUGACGGAUUUGGAGAAUAAACUUCAAGAAAGUAAGUCAGCACGAUUGCGUCUUAUUGCAACUGAUGGAGUAUUUUCCAUGGAUGGUACUAUUGCACCAUUAUCGAAAAUAAUCGAGCUUGCAAAAAAAUAUGACGCUAUCACAUUCGUAGAUGAUUGCCAUGCCACAGGAUUUUUUGGUAAAACCGGCAGAGGUACAGAGGAAUAUUUUGAUCAUCUGGGAGACAUUGACAUCAUUAACUCUACGUUAGGAAAAGCUCUUGGAGGAGCGGCAGGUGGUUACACAACUAGUAAAAAAGAGAUUGUAAGUUUGCUAAGACAAAGAAGUAGACCAUAUCUGUUCUCGAAUUCAAUACCUCCAUCUGUAGUUGCAUCGGCAAUUAAGGUGAUGGAUCUUAUAACGGAUAGCACAAAGUUUUUGGAUCGUUUAGCAGGCAAUACUGAGCAUUUCAGAAAUGCGAUGACCAUGGCUGGCUUCACUAUCAGUGGCGAUAAUCACCCUAUCUGUCCUGUUAUGUUAGGUGACGCAAAAUUAGCAACAAUAUUUGCUGAUAAAAUGAUGGGAAAAGGAAUUUACGUCAUUGGAUUCAGCUAUCCUGUAGUACCAAAAGAUAAAGCAAGAAUACGUGUUCAGAUUAGCGCAGCGCAUACGACUGAAGAUAUAGAUCGUGCUGUGAAUGCUUUCAUACAAAUUGGAAAAGAAUUUGCGGUAAUUUAAUAAAUAUAUUUUUGAUAACAUCACCGAUAAGAAUAAUACCUCGUCGGUAACAAUAAACAAAAACU